AUGGAUAAAAUCGAUUAUUCACAAGUUCGAUUUUCCUUUAUUGGAACAAGAAAACAUCUUUUUAAAGAUAAGAAGUAUUAUGUUUAUGUUUUUGAUGAUUCCUUAUUAAUGGGGAUUAUUCCAAACUCAUAAAACCCUAAAUACAAAAUCAGAUUAGAAAUCAACAUUAAAUUUAGAUGGACAUUAAAAAAAACUAAGCAAGGUUGGAUUAUAGAAAGCUUUUAUUUUCCUUAUAAAAAAAGUGCAAAACCAUUAUUUGGGAGUAAUGAUGAUCUGUAAAGAUUAAAAGAAUUUACAAAUCUUAAAGUAACCUUUGAAAAUAUGAAUUCGAUUUACUAAUAAUUUUAAUUAAUAGGGCAAGGGAGCACUGGAAAAGUAUUCAGUGCAGUACAUACAAUAGAAUAAAAGAUUUAUGCAAUAAAAUCAAUUCCAAAAAAAUAGCUGAAAUCACAGUUAGACUAAAAUUAAGCAGCUUUUAAGAUGGAGGUAUCUAUUUUAAAAUUAUUGGCCAAAUAUCCUGAUAAUUUUAUAACCUUAAAAGAAAUCUAUGAAGGAGAAGAUAUGCAAUGUUUAGUCACAGCCUUUUUAGAAGGCCCUAAUCUUAUUGAAGAAUUUGAAAGAUUGAAAACAACAAAUUAAAAUAGAUUUUCAAGCAUAGAAGUAAAGAUCAUUUUGAAGAAAUUAUUAAUCAAUCUUGCAACUCUUCAUUCACAUAAAAUAAUACAUAGAGACUUAAAACCAGAAAAUCUGAUGUUUAAAGUAGAAGGAGAUAAUUCCUCUUUGAUUCUAGUAGACUUUGGGUUGGCAACAUAUGAAUCUUUUGAAAUGUUGUUUUACCCAAAGUGUGGAACACCUGGUUAUGUGGCACCAGAGAUAUUUAAUGUAAAGACUGCUAACUAAUAUUCAACUAAAGUGGAUAUAUUUAGUUGUGGAUGUAUCUUUUAUAAACUUUUGACUGGAAAGAAUGUUUUCAAAGGGGAAACCUUUGAUGAAGUACUUAAAAACAACAGAAAAGGAUAAAUUGAUUUCAAUCUUCGUAUAGACUAAGAUUAUAUCACUGAAUAUUCACUUGUAUUUUCUGGUAUUAUUUAGAAUCUUUUACAAAAAAUGUUAUUGAAGAAUCCAAUAAAUAGAAUAAGUGCUUUUGAUGCCUUAAAUCAUCCUUAUUUUAGAGAUGUCGAUAAUAAUAUUCAUCCAUCAUUAAGAUCACUAUAAUUUAAUGAAGAAAUGUGUGAAGAUGAAGAAGUUAAUAAUGAAAAAAGUGAGGAAGAAGAUAAAAAUAAUAUUUAAAUGCCUAAAAUUAAUAGAAAAUGCUAAUUGAUAUGGAAUUUAACAUUCUUUCAAUAAAAUUCCUAGAAAACAGUUUUUGAUUCUCGUUAAUUGAUUGAAUACGAUCCUCUUUCUGGAUCGAAAUAUGCUAAGAUAACUUCAUGUCCUUUGGUCUCCGAAGUAUUAGAAUGA